UUUUCAUAUAUACAUUGCGGAAUACAGUUUCAAUAACAUGACAACACUCGCCGUGCGCACGCGCACUAUCCCUGUUCUUCGCUCGCACUAGGUAUUCGCGUUACUACGUUUAAAUACGGUAAUACACGCGCGAGUUUUCCCUCUAUCAAGGACGCCUGAAAGUUACGUGGUGCAAAUGACGCCGAACUAGCCGCGUCGCAGUCUCGGUGGUGUUCUGGGAAAGUUACGUCGUUUCCGCUGGAAAUAACGACAGAAGGCGCACGAAAGUCACAGAAUGCAAAAUGACGGCUGUGUGAUUUUAUGUGCUGCCGUCACAGCAGAGGAGUAAUAGGGGAAAAUGGACUUGGUACAUGCGGAAGACUUUAAAUUGGUGGAUUAUAUAAAUGCCGGCCAAAGCAAUGCGUUGCCGGAGAAAGAAGGCAAAGCCCGCUAUCGGGACGGCGGUGGGUUUCGCGGUCAUGAUGAAGAGGGGAAGAGUCUGAACAAAGAACAUACCAUGAAGGAUUUUGAAAAGCAAGUUACUGAUUUGAAGAGGGAAAACUUCAACCUGAAGCUUCGUAUAUAUUUCCUAGAGGAGCAAAUUCAACAGAGUUGCGAAAGCAGCAGCGAGGACCUGCACAGAAUGAACGUAGAGCUAAAAGUUGAAGUGGAAAGCCUGAAAAAUGACCUGCAGGAGAAACAGAAACUCCUCCUGAAGGCUUCAAAAGCAAUGGAAAGCCUUGCAUUGGAGGGUGGUAACACCCAACAGACCAAAGAAGACUGCCCUGGACAAGAGGAAGGCUCUUCAAAGCUUUGCCAUCUAGAAAAUGAGCUACAGAUUAAACAUGCAGAGAUGAAUACAAUUAGAGCUCUACUGGAUCAGGAGCAAACGCAAAGGUUCGAAGCAGAAGCAAAGCUUUUAGCAGCAGAAGAGCAGUAUAGAAGGACCACAGUGGUGCUGGAAGAAAGGGAUCUCAUGAUCAGCCAUUUAAAUGAGACUCUGGAUUCCAAAGAAGCUUUAAUUAUAGAACUGAAAAGACAGCUCGCUGCCACAGAGCCUGAUGCCCACUCUACAAGCAAUGUCCCAGAAAGGAACAAUAGUUUGGACGUGUGUAAAGGCAAAGGGCAUGACGAAAACGAGCUCGGUUAUAAGCAGCUAAUUUUGUCUCUGAAAGCAGAAAAGGAAAUGUAUUCCCAGCUAAUCAAUUCCGUUGGAGAACGUGGAAGCCUGCAGAAGGAACUUGACACGGUUGCCGCAUUACAAAGGCAGCUGCUUGAAAAGAUUCGUUCUAACGAAGAACUAGGCAGGAUGCUGGAAGAUCAACUGAAGGCGCAUUGCAGAGAAAAUGAUACCGUUUCAUUUUUUGGGGAACGCACUUCAUAUUUAAAUAUUUGCCUUGAUUACCUAGAUCAAAACUUUGAAUAUCGUGUGGAACGUGAUUUACAAGAGAAGGAAGCAGAAAACAACUUACAAUAUACAGGCUCUUCAGAUGGAAAUUAUGGAUUGACCAACCAGUAUUUGGUAGCAUCCAGAGAUGCCGUGGUUCAGAGUAUUUCUAGAAACGCAGAAACCGAAGACGUCUUAGAUGCCUCCCUUAAGGAAGAAGAAAAUACAGACACGCGGUUAGUGUGUCAGAGCUCUGCGGUAUUCGAAGGUAAGCAUCGUGAUGCUUCUACUUCACCUACCAUCCAGUAUGACAUCAACUCAGGUUUGGAAUAUUCGGAUGUAGAAAACAAGAUUUUGUUUCGAUUAAAGCAUGACGUGGAUUGGAAAAAUGGUGUGGAUGUUGGCACACAAGUAGAAAUUGACCAAGAGGAUACAAGAGAAAGGUCUUUUAAAGUUCCUAAACUACAGAUGGAAGAAUCUGUAGGUAAAAGCACAGCUGUUUCUAAAGUGGAAACCUCUGCAUUUGAUAAGGAGAAUGCAGUAUACCCCGGUGGGCACACAGAACAACAUUGGAGGAGAAGUGCCAGUGGCUUUGAGAGAGGGCAGGCGAACAGUCUCACUGAAAGAAAGAACAGUCAAAACGAUAAACUAAAUAACUUUGCAAAGAGAUCACAAAUUCCAGUAUUACAAAAAUCAUCUUCGGGUACACAGCUCACUGCAAAGUCUUUAGGAUGUUUAUCCAGCGCGCAGAAUGAGCCCAUGCUUCAACUGCAUAAUUACCAGCUCCAGAUAAACAAGCUAACCGAACAGCUUCAUUGUGCGUACCUUGAGCUCGAGGGACGAAGAAGUGGGGCUGUCUUGAUGGAAGACUGCUGUGCGAAGAACAGUAACUGUUCGGAGCAUGGUUCAUCGCAUACUCCUUCACGGCUGGUUCCUGGUUACGGCGUUUUGUCGGAUGAACGCGGCCGUUACGUUCUUGGUUUUCUGGAAGAUUACGAUGCUCUGUGGAAACAGAUACUGGAAGGAAGGAGUGUGUUACUUGAAAUUGAUGCCGACAUUGACAACCGGAAGAGCGCGGAUCAUUUUGAUAACAUUUUGUAUGACAAAAUAAGGAGAACCGCGCAGUGUUUGGAAGAAGCAGUGCGUUUGAUGCACCUUUUGUGGAGAGUGUCCUUACCUUCACAUGUUCACAGGUCUAAUAGUGUUGCUGAGGUUGAAAAGAUGAGAAUGGAAAUUGUAAGACUUAGGAAAAGUCUUGUUGAGCAGAAGCAAUUAGUCUCCGGAAUGAUGAAUCGUUUCUACGCUGAAAGCCAGUAUGAAGACAGCGUGAGACUUAUUCUUGAUCAAGUGUCCAUGACUCACGAGGUUUUAAAGAGAGCUCGCCGAAAUCUCGAAAAGCAGCCCGCCAAGACACAUGACUAACGACACUCUUCCACAUGAUCUUUUUCUAUGCGUAUGGAGUUUUGUAGACCAUACUUUACUAGUUUGAUGCUUAUAUAUUUUAUCAGAAUGCUUUUAGAUGUUUCAAAUAUUUUAUUGGUAUGUUUUAUAUAAAAUAGAUUUUCAGCACAUAUGUAAAGCCCUUUUUUGUAUCAAAAAGUAUUUAAAAACGUAACCGUGGACAGUGAAGAUAUUGUGCGGGGAAAAAAAGAUAUUGGAUUGGGAAAAAAUCAUCAUCAUCUCCUCAUUAGCCAUCAGAAUGCUGGACUUCUCCCACAAACUCCCGAUUUAGAAGGAACAGUCAUAUGUAUAUUUAUGUAACAUUACAACUUUACAUCUUUUUUUUGCGUUUCAUGAAAAAUACCAACUUCAAUUAUAGACUCCAUGUUCUUGGACCAAUGCUUUUUGCUCAUUUUUUUGUUUUUUGUUAGACAAAUGGGUUUAUGCCGUAAGAUAAGUAAGUUUGCUGGUGACCUUUCAUUUCAACUUCCUGACUUAACUAUGCCUUACAGAAGGGCCAGCCCGAGUGAACUUCUGGAAGCUGGCCCUGUAUAAUGCAUAGCUAAGUUAUAGAUUCAUCAUGUCCCCUCACUAGUUCAUCUAUACAUCAUGCAGCGCUGUUUCACGUCAUAAUGCGUUGUGGAGUCAGUGAGUUCAGAGUAAAUAGCAGCUCUCCUGCAAAGUCCUUGAGAGAAUAAAUCCUUUUAAUGUUA